AUGGUGGUUACAACUUCAGUCACCAGCCGUAAACCAUGUGGUUUUGAUGUAGCUAAAUCAUCCUGGAAACGAUGGCCAGCAUUAUUAUUGUGGUGGUGGAUUUAUCCGAUAUUAAAACUUGGCAAUAAACGUCAAUUAACAGAUAAUGAUCUAUUGGAACUCUCGCCAGAUGAUAACUGUCUUCAACUACUGAAUUUUUUCGAAUCUGAACGUGUGAAACGUAUAAAUANGGUGGUUACAACUUCAGUCACCAGCCGUAAACCAUGUGGUUUUGAUGUAGCUAAAUCAUCCUGGAAACGAUGGCCAGCAUUAUUAUUGUGGUGGUGGAUUUAUCCGAUAUUAAAACUUGGCAAUAAACGUCAAUUAACAGAUAAUGAUCUAUUGGAACUCUCGCCAGAUGAUAACUGUCUUCAACUACUGAAUUUUUUCGAAUCUGAACGUGUGAAACGUAUAAAUAACGGUACUUUAAAACUAAUUUUCUUUACAUUUUGGCGAGAGAUGCUAGUUAGUGGCCUGUUCUUAAUCCCGUAUUCUGCCGCCAAAAUUGCACAGCCACUACUCCUACGUCAAAUUAUACUCAUCAUUACUAAUCCACACGAACUAUCAUACAAGGGUUAUUUGUAUGCUGUUGUGCUUGGUAUAGCGUCCGUGACUCAGGCGUUGGUACAUCAACAGUUUUUUUUUCGUACCUCCAGAGUAGGUAUGCAUGUGCGAAAUGUCAUUUCAUCUUCUAUAUAUAAACGAGUAUUAACAUUGAGAACAAGCUCAUUUAUGAAAACAACAGCGGGUCAAGUUAUUAAUUUGGUGGGGAAUGAUGCAAGUAAAUGUGACGAGUUGUGUAUCUUUGGUCAUUAUCUAUGGAAUGCACCUCUCGAAGCGUUGAUUGUAUUUGGGCUAAUCUGGAAUCAAAUUGGUAUACCCACUCUGUUCGCUUAUGCUAUUUUGAUAUUGCUAAUACCACUUCAAGUGAUAUUCAGUCGAAAAUUUGCUAGCUUUCGUUCAAAUACUGCGCAGUGGACGGACAAACGUGUGAAGGUUGUUAAUGAGAUAGUGACUGGCUGUCAAAUUGUCAAAAUGUAUGGCUGGGAAAAACCAUUAGAAGACGUUGUGCAUAAUACUCGGGAAACUGAGUUUAAGAGUAUUCGACGAGCAUCGCGUAUUCGAGCGUGUAAUUUGGGUAUUUCUUUUGCUUCACUACCCAUCAUUUCUCUGGCUACAUUCGGCAGUAUGUGGUUAAUGGGUCGUCAAUUAACCGGCGCACAAGUAUUCACAACACUGGCAUUUUUUUCAAUGCUUCGAACUCCGUUGACAAGUUUCCUCCCGCUCAGUCUUGAAAAAUUUAGUGAAGCUAUAAUUUCAGCUAAACGAAUAGAUAAUUUUAUGAAUUUGUCGAAAGACGCUGUUAAUGAAAAAGACACAGAUAGUACACAUGGCAAGGAUGCAUUGCCAGGUACUGUACUAAUGAACAAGGCAUCCUUUUGUUGGGAACAGUCAUGCUUAUUGAAAGAUAUUGAUUUACAAGUCAAACAUGGCUCGCUCGUUGGUGUCAUAGGAUCAAUUGGCUCUUGUAAAUCGUCAUUGUUAAUGGCUAUCCUCGGUGAGAUGAAACUGGUAUCAGGAACAAGCUGUUGUAAUGGAACUUUUGCGUACGCCUCUCAAACGCCUUGGAUUUUUGCCGACACUAUAAGAGAGAAUAUUCUAUUUGGUAAGCCACUAAAUCCUGAGCGAUAUGCGCAAGUAAUACAGAUCUGUUGUUUAAUACCUGAUAUCGAUUCAAUGACAGCUGGUGAUCUAACUGUCAUCGGUGAGAAGGGUGUGAAUUUAAGUGGUGGUCAAAAGGCACGAAUUUCCUUAGCAAGAGCCGUAUAUGAUGAAGCUGAUAUUUAUUUAUUUGAUGAUCCACUUGCAGCGGUCGACUCGACAGUCGCUCAAUCUAUAUUUGAAGAUUGUAUUGGUCCUGAUGGAUUUUUGAAGACAAAAUCGCGAAUAUUAGUUACACAUCAAAUAGAAUAUUUGCCAAAAGCUGAUCACUGUGUACUUCUACAUCAUGGUAGAGUUGAAGGUCAAGGUCAUUUCAAUGACUUGUUGGCAUCAGCUGAAGAAGUAAAACUCUUGUAUGAUCUCAGAAGAAUUCAAUUUGAUAGAGCAGCACAGAAAAGAAAGCAUGUGGACACUGUGGAAGAGAGAGCUGCAACAGAGUCAGUUGCGAAACCGGAUGAACAUGGUAUUGUAAAAGAAGAAGUGUCAGCCGGAGGUAACAUUAGUGCUGGUGUGUGGAUAAAAUUAUUUACAGCAAAUCACGGAUGGAUUGGAUUUGUACCACUCGUAAUUGUGAUGUUCCUGGGCGAAGCACUUGGACUGGUAACAAUACGUGCGUUUAAAGCUGAAGACAAUUUUAUUAAUUCGUUUGUCGAAAAAAUUGAUGCAAAUACGAGAGCUUGGUUCGUAUUGAGUGCAGGUGUAAGAUGGUUUGGAGUGAGACUGGAUUUAAUGACAAGUGCACUAUCAACUUUGAUGGCAAUACUCUCGGUUGCUCUUCGUCAUCAUAUUAAUGCCUCUUCAGCAGCGUUAGGCUUAUUGUACUGUAUUAAUAUGUCGUCAAUGUUUCAAUGGGCGGUAAGGCAAUCGGCCGAAACGGAAAACAACAUGACAAGUGCUGAGAGAAUANGGUUCGUAUUGAGUGCAGGUGUAAGAUGGUUUGGAGUGAGACUGGAUUUAAUGACAAGUGCACUAUCAACUUUGAUGGCAAUACUCUCGGUUGCUCUUCGUCAUCAUAUUAAUGCCUCUUCAGCAGCGUUAGGCUUAUUGUACUGUAUUAAUAUGUCGUCAAUGUUUCAAUGGGCGUUUUUAUACGAGUAUUCUCGUCUGCCGCCCGAACCUGAUUUCUACAAUGAAAAACAGAAACCUCCUCUUGAAUGGCCAACGAAAGGAAAAAUCGAAUUUAAAAACUAUAAAUUUCGUUAUCGUGCUGAGCUUGAACCGGUAUUGAAAGGCAUCAAUCUUAGUAUUGAAUCGUGUGAUAAAGUGGUAGAAAAAUCAUCAACAGAAGGUCAAAUAUGUAUUGACGAUAUUGAUAUUAAUACAAUCGGUCUAAGUGAUCUACGUGCUCACUUGAAUAUUAUUCCACAGUCGCCCGUUCUAUUCAGUAAUACUCUAAGGUAUAAUCUUGAUCCAUUUAGCAAACACUCUGACGAAGAGUUGUGGACAGCGCUGGCAAUGGUUCAGUUGAAGGAUACAAUAUCAAAAAUAACUGAUGGACUAAGCACACAAGUGGCUGAAUACGGAAGUAAUUUUAGUGUGGGUGAAUGUCAAUUGAUAUGCGUAGCUCGAGCUCUGUUGAAACCAAGCAAAAUUUUGUUGAUCGACGAAGCAACAGCUAAUGUUGACAUGAAUACGGAUAAAUUAAUUCAACAAGUUAUUCGGGAGAAAUUCAGUACACAAACGGUACUGACAAUUGCACAUCGCCUAGAUACGAUUCAAGAUAGUGAUAAAAUAGUGUUGAUUAAUGACGGUUUGGUUAAAGCAUAUGGGAAACCAAAAGAUGUUUUGUUUGAUACAAAACUGAAUGAUAUUGGUUUAGACGAUGCUGAUGAAAAAGAGAAAGGUACGUUGUGA